UCUUUCUAAUUUCAGGUUCUUCACAGAACCCCGUUAACAGCUAUUCACAGCUUCACGUCGCCGGCGGUGAAGUAAACGGCGGUGACGACGAACCCUUCAAGCUAUUAUUUGUUGAUCCAUUUGAUCCCAUAUUAAUGUCCCGCAAGAGGAAUAUCGUUGUUGCUGCAGGCUUACUAGCGUUUGCAUCUGCUGGAUUAGCAUUCCCGUUUUACAUGGCGACCAAAUCAUCGAAGACUCCAGUGAUUGAUUCAUCAAAACCGCUGCCACCUCAAGCUACUUUUCGAGGGCCUUAUGUUAACACCGGUUCACGUGAUGUGGGACCGGACGCUCGAAUUUAUCCCAAGAAAUAAGUUUUUUUCUUUCAGUUUGGUGCAAACUACUUUUGUGUGUAUGUAUUUAAAUAGUUUAUAAAAUUAGCUUCGAUUUUUAAGAGAAAUCUCGGGUAUUUUGCUGAUUAUUUUUUCAAGGAGGAACUGGUGUUGUGAUAAGAGAAAUAUUUGGGAUAAUUACAGUGUUGGUCCUUAUAUUAUACACCCUUUUCGAUUUUGGUCCU